AUUUAAUUAAUGGAUGAGAUUGUGUCUAAUCAUUAGCUGUUCGUAACUGGAUACAGUCGUAGUAAAGUAACAGAUGAAAGAGAUUUGAGAUAAAUCUUUAGAAAGUAUGACUCAAUCUAAGGAGUGGCAUAUAAGGGUUCUUACUCUUUUAUUGUAAACUCGUUUGAAUUUAAGUUCACCAGUCUUUUAAUAGUGAAGUAGAAGCUAAAGAGGCACUUUCAGAGAUGAAUGGCUUUACAUAAAAUGGAGAGAAAUUAAAAGUCGCUCCUGUUGAGAAUCGUAAAGGAAGGAGAACUGGACCUAAUGAAAACGCUGGCUGUUUUAAAUGCGGUUAAGAAGGACAUUGGUAAUUUAUUCAAUUAUAAAUAUUUUAGGGCUAGAGAUUGUCCUAAAGGAAGAUCUCCUCGUAGAAAUUAAAGAUACUCUAAUUCUAGAUAAAGGUUUUUAUUUACAUAUUUAAUUUUAUAGACAUCAUAGAAGAAGAUCUGAUUCAAGAUCACAUUCUUCUUAAUCAUCUUCUCGUUCUAGAAGAAGAAAUAGAGAUCGUCGUAAUAGACGUAAAUAUAGCAAUAGUCCCAAAGAAGAUUAAAAAAAGAAUACAUAACAUAAAAGAAGAUCCCCUUCUCACUCUUAACAUCAUUCAACAUCUUGAAUUACCAUUACCAUAAAAAAAAAAAUUUAUUAUUCAAAC